AUGUCCUUUGGCAUCUCCAUCACCGAUAUUACUACCCUCGUCCACUUUGCGUGGACCACCUACCGCCGCGCUAAAUCGGCCUCGUCAUCCUUCGCCGAAGUUGCCUGUGAGGCUCUCAGCCUGCACACAGUCUUACAAAAAGGACUGGACGAUGUAUCAGAUCCCGACUCCGCCCUCAGCAAACGGGGUCCCACACGACGCGUGGAGUUUGACCAAAUCACGAGCAAUUGCAACACUGCUCUAGCCGAAUUAGACGCUUUGGUGAAGAAAUACAAGGGUCUCGGAACAAAUAGUCAGCGGACGUGGGAGAGGGUGAAGUUUGGGCAAGAAGAACUUGAUACCAUCAGAAGCAAGUUGUCGUUGCAUGUUCAGAUGGUCAACUUAUUCUUGACGAGCUUGCACGGCCAUAUGCUAGAUAGGAUCGAAAGGAAGAUCGACGUGUUGGUGGCGGAGAUCAAUUCUGGUCAACGCGAGCCGUCCGUUUUGACAGUGGCAGAGGAAGACAAUGAGGGUCAGGAUAUUUGGGAGAUGCUAAAGAGCGAGCUUCUUGAAGAAGGGAUCACCGGUGAUGAUAUCGAGCAGCACAAAAUCCAGAUAAAGACGUAUAUCCAACAUCUACUCUUUGAAACAUCUCAACCUCCCUCAUCUUUAGGCAUGACAGAGGAUACAGAGAGAUCGAAACCGAAUGCGGGGACUAUAACAACCCUGGACGGAUCGCACGUUCUUGGAGAGACUUGUAUUAGACUACGGCCCCACUCAUCAUCACUAGAAACAUGCAUAUCGCCAGAAAUGGCAAUCGAAGAGCAAUCAGCGGAUCCUGUUUCGGUCACGUCUUUCGACACCCCUGCUGGAGGUGGUAGGGAUCCGCAAGGCAUCUACAACGGAGUAAGGCUCGUUAGAUACAACACCGUCAAUUUCUCUCCUUGGACAAAUCCAUUUUACCCUAGCCUACUACUUGUACCACCGUCACUUCCGCCGCCGCCACCGCCACCGCCACCGCCACCGUCACCGCCACCGCUGCCGCCACUUUCUACCAGCGCGACUAGCCACCGUUCUACAAGGAGCACGGGACCCGUCAGCGUCUCGUCUCAGUCAGGCAAGAAAAAGUCAAGGGCGUUGGGGCGUAAUGGGAACAAAAGAACAAUGACCAACGACGCCUUGAAAUCUUAUGGCUUUCAUAGGUACACGCUAUGGUAG